ACCAGCCUCUCACCCUCUGGCUCUAAUUAAGGUCUGCCCUGGGCAUCUAGAACCUAGAGCUGUUGUGCUGCUGCUUCUCUAGACAUAUGGACCUCAGCCAAGCCACUGAUGUGUUGGACAUGAUGGCCCUUGGGGGUCCCUUCCUCCUCAGGAUAUUCUGAUUGCUGAACUGCUCUUACAGCUUUUCAAAACAUUCCUACUUGUUCUUUGCUGCAUCUGUUUGAAAGUGUCUUGAAGAUGAAGUUAUUUCCUGGAGGAAUUCUGGACAUCAUUUUUUGCCUUUUUGUCUCUCUGGGGAUUCUCAAGAAGGAAAGAAAACUAUGGUGUUACUGCUGGGAGGAUUCUUCCUGAUCAUUUGGGAAUCCAUUCUGGAAGCUUGAUCCAAAUGACAGCUGCCUCCAUUUACCACUCGACACAUUGCUGUGGGUAUUUGGUUACAAUCAAGACUGGAGGUGUGAUUACAGUCUAAAGUACCAGCAAGGAAACCUCAAAUGGUUCAGGCUAAAGCAAGCACGGGUGCAGGACAACCAGGAUGGGUCUGUCAUUCUGGUUUGCUGCACUGAAGUGAGACUGUGAGCUCUCUGAAGGAUGGGAUGUCUCCUCAUGCUCCCUCGCUGAAAGUCAGAGCCUCUGUCACAGGAAGCCAUGAGCACAGAGCAUGAGCCAGGAAUACUUGCUUGGCCCACAGUAAAGCAGCGCCUGCAGCAAGCCAGCAGAGAAACAUCCCAAGAUGCUGUGUAUGGAGCUGAAUGAUGCAUGCACAAACCCUACUUGGAUUUUCUGAAGGAUCAUUUGAUCUUUCCCCAUUUGCAUUUCCAAAUAAUCUGAAGCAGAAUAGGGAAGAUGCAGAAAACCUCAAUGGGCUUUUUUCCCCUCUAGAUACAGAUUUGAUUACACAGAAGCUGAAUUUCAGAAUCACCUGAGCACCCAGCAUCUUUCUUUCUGCACCUGCUGUCAGUGAGGCCACUCUCUAUUAAGGUUUCAAGACAUACAAUCUAAAUAUCCUUACUAGAUGUGCCCAUUAAAAAAUAAAAGAGUGUCUUAUUCAUAGAUGAAUUAUUAACAGAGAUGUCAAUAUUAGACUGUCUUGGUGUUGAGAUUUUUGGCUGUGUGAGAGCUUCUGGAGGAAUAAAAAAAAUUAAACUGUAUGUGGAGAGGUAAUGACUUCAAAAGAAAAAGUUACAGGAAGUACAUCUAUUUCUAUAAGAGAAACUAAAGCCUCUCUGGGAAUGGUGGCAUGUGAGACUUAACUGUUGAGGGGGUAAAGGGACUGAAGGAAGGAUGUUGAUUUCCCAUGAGGUAACUUGAUGUCCGCCAUGCCAUGAAGGGACAUGGCACUUAGCUGCUCCUGAAGACACUGAACUCCCAGUAGAGCUCUUUAAAGUAUGUCCGUGCUCCUCCUGCUUUCAUACAUCUCAUUCUUGGUAGUCAUAAUUCACAGACAAGGCUGAUGUGAUUAACUAUGAGGUGAGAACCAAAUGGCCAGAUUUUGUAGCUGGAGCACGAGCCAUGCUGAUUUUAUAUACCAUAAUGUAAUCGCAAACAACUGCAAAACUGCCAAAUAAAAAAUAAUAAUCAAGCUGUUCCAUCCACUCAGACCAAAAUCCUGGCUCAGCAAGAGGCCUGUACACAGUGCCUGGAGACAACAACAAGGGACAAAGCUCUUCCCUGCAACAUAGCCAGAACAGGCUUUAAACUCAGCCUCUGAAACUGCAAAGUGCUCAUUUUGUUGUCCAUGGAUAAUCCACCAGGCAAAAGCUAGACAUUGCUAUCUUUUAUUCUACCCAUGCAAUUGCAACGCUCAAAAAGAAAGCUCUUCUGAACUGCUGACGCCUGGGUGGGCAGCUCCAAGGCGGGGCCAUUAGGAUUUAUUUAGUUCACUGCUGCAGAUGAUGCCUUUAGUGCCACAGACAGCCCUGGAGACAAGUCCUAAUCUUCUGGGGGGUGAUUAUGGUCAAUUCUUCCUCCCCAAACCCCCCAGACACUAAUCAAAUCCAAACUGGAGAGACAGGCAGGCACAGAAGAGGGGAGCUCGGCACCACGCAGCCCCCCCGAAGCCAUGUACAGGAGCAGCUUCCUCCGCGAGGUUCGUAAGGAGAAGUACGAGCGCUCAGACGCCUAUGAUGAGCUGCGGGGCUCCCCUGAAUUUGAUAGCUUGGCCCAAGCCCAAGGCUUGGAGAACCUGCAGGAACUCAACGAGCGCUUUGCCAGCUACAUCAACCGGGCACGCGUGCUGGAGCAGCGCAACACCAUCCUGCGCAAACAGCUGGAGACCUUCCAGCGCAUGGAUGAGCUGGUGGGCUUGGAUGAAGCCUUCGCUGGGCAGAUUGAGUUCAACCGCCAACGAAUGCGGGAGCUGGCAUCUGACCGGGCCAAGCUGGAGAGGGAGGAGAAGGAUGCCCAGCGCAUGCUUGAUGAGUACCGCAACAAGUACCGAAAUGAACGUGAAUAUCAACAGAAACUAAAAGAAACCCUUGAACGCCUGAAUAAGGAAGCAGAUGAAGCACUGCUGUGCAACCUGGAGCUGCAGAUUGAGUCCCAGUUCCUGCAGGAUGACAUUAAUGCCACAAAAGACAGAUAUAAGAAGAACCUCAUGGAAAUCCAGACCUACGUCAACAUUUUACAGCAGAUCAUCCAGACAACCCCUCGCGUGUCCCCUAUAACUACUGGCAUAUCUGAGGAAAAACUCGUAGCAGAAAGGAGGAUCCCUGUUCUGCAGAGCCAGCUGGAGGAAUACAAGAGUGUCCUCUGCCAGCUACAGGCUCAAAAAUACAAGCUGCAGACAGAGACAACUAUGCUGGAGCAAGCGAUAAAAAACACCCAGGAGAGUUACGAUGAUGAAAUUCAGCUUUACAACGAGCAGAUUGAGAACCUCAGGAAGGGGAUAGAAGAAGCAGAGAGGACCUUGGAGAAGUACACGACUGACUGCCGCCAGCUGGUGAUCUACCAGCAGUCCCUGGAGAAUGAGCUGGAGCGCUACAAGAGAAUCAUUGAGAAUGAGGACAGCAGGUUAAACUCUGCUAUAGCAGGAACGCCAGUCACACUCUUCACGCAGAUCUAUAGACCUGUCCAGCCUCAAGCUUCGAGGGGAAGAGAUAUCACCCAGGCUAUGCAAGAGAUUGCCAGUGUAAAGCCCAGGCAAAAAGCGCUGACAAAGAAACUAUCCAGGAAAAAGGAGAUCAUGUCUAAAGACAUAACUGAUGGGCUCUCACCUGAAAAAAUGUAUGAAAGAACUGUGGAAGUUUUUGACCAAGAUCUGCUGGAAUUUAGACAUGAAGGUUCAGUCACAUGUGAACCUGGACAGGAGGAAUUAGAACUUGUUGAAAAAGAAGCAGUCCCUGAGGACGUACCCGAUGGAGCCCAGAUAAGUAAAGCCUUUGAUAAAUUGUGUAACAUUGUGAGGGAGAAAAUAAGAGUUUACAAGAGACCAGAGGCUAAAGCUGAUUCCCACCCCAAAGGGCGUUAUGUGCUGGUAACAGGGGAGGAAGGCUAUGAAGAACCUUGCUUCUCAUCCAUCCCAGCUGGGGGAGGAAUCACAGUUUCUACCAGCAAUGGGAAGGUAAUGAUUGGUAGUGAUGUGGAGCCCAUACCGGAGCUGCCCGAACCUACUGAACAACCAGAAAAAGAGAAAAGGGACGUCUGUGAAAGGAGGGACGAGAUUGAAACCCAAGAUAAACUGAAAGAGGAGGAGAAAGAAGACCUGUUCGAAUGGGGCAAAAUAAGGGGGAAAACUGAGCAAGUCACAAAGUAUCCAGAUGUCUCCGAGCCCGAGGCAGUUCCUUCCCAGGGUCUGAUAAGCCCAGCUGAGCCAGGAGUCCUUCAAGAGACAGAGCGUGACCAAGAAGAUAAACAGGGCAUCUUGUUCCGGGAAGCAGGCUUGCCUGGCUCCGUGAGCUACGAGAAGGUGGAGGUGGUGGAGUCCAUCGAGAAGUUUUCUGAUGACAGAAUUCAGACAUAUGAAGAGACAGCUAUGAUCGUGGAGACGAUGAUAGAGAAGACAAGCAAGAAGAAACCGGGUGACAAAGGCUCUUAAGUGACAAGCAGUCAACUUGUCUGGCAUAGUUAUUAAAUGAUGCAAUUUUUAUUUUUUUUUUUCCUGAUAGAAUGAUACAAUAGUGAGAUUUUUGCUGUUUGGUAUGGAACAGAUUGAUACUUUGAUGGCAAAAUUCUGUCUGAUGUAGGCUCGCCUCUGUUGUAACAAAUGUGAGACUGCUCCAGGACAAGGAGUAAUGGGCAGAUCCUAUGCAACUUAUUUUCACAAUAAGGACAAGUUGAAAUCAAUCAUCAUUACAGAGCUGCCUGGCUUUCCAAAGUAUCCAGGGCAGAUUUGCUAGUGCAUAUUCCUCUACUUCUCCUAUAGCUGCCACAGGAUUCCCCAUCUCCCAGACAGCUGCAAAUGUUAAUGUGACAUCCGAUUCAUUUAAUAAAAGCUUUUCCUUCUACAGAAAGUA